AUGAAGAAAGAUUCAGCCGCCAACAGAGGGGAGGAGGCUUAUGAGUACAUGGAAGCUCCCAUGGCAGGUCCGUCGAGUAGUUUCGGCUUCGAUCCUGCUGCUGCCACACCACAGUACUAUCCGCCAUCAGUCCAGCCUGAGCCUACAGCCUAUCCCAUGGCACCAGGACUUCAGCAAUCAUUCUCGCUCCAUGCAGGCUUUCACGGGGCACUUCCUUCACCUCUCAUAGGCAGCUCGGCAGAUCGCACUAUGUCACCUAUUCCUCUAGAAUUCCAACAGCUUCUGGCCACCGUGACUCCCUCCUCUUACUCUCCGUUGCCCAGCCCAACUAUAACGUCAUCGUCAUUUGGCCAGGGUUUAUCCCUGCCAAAUGUUUACGUUCCUCUGCUCAGGCGUGGCGCUAGCCGACGCCCCAUUUCUAUGCCGCCGAGACUCACAGCUUCACACUGGACGGACAGCUGCCAAGAGCGCUUUGAAAUGCUCAUCACCCGCUUGACGGCUUCAGCAAAUCUUCCCCACCGCUGGGUUGAGAAUCCUGAGUGGGUGACACUUGUUGCCAAAUUUAUUCCAGGCGCGAAGCUUUUCUCACGAAAUAAACUAACAAAGACUCUCAUUCCACAAGAGCUCGAGCGAGUUCAGGGCUUGGCACAGAAGAACUUGAAGGACCUGAAGGUUGCGGAAGGGACUUUCCAACUGGACGGCUGGACAGGAGGCAACUACCAUCACUUCCUAGGGUUCAUGUUCAUGGCCAGAUCGAAGAUCAACCUUGUAGUUGGCAACUAUUUCAAGAAGUCUGGUGCAAAAUUUCUCGAAGCGUCUGCUGAGGCCGACCAAGUGAUCAAGUGGCUCCGCAGCAAGACCCAAGUCCUUGCAAUACUUCGCAAGGUUCAGGAGGAGCAAGGCGUCUCGUCUCCUCUAACUGUUAUUCGCGCUGUUCUUACUCGCUGGACCUCUCAUUACCUUGCUUAUUGGCGUCUUCUUGACCUCAAGAACUGGAUCACACAGGUUAUCCCCCAGGAUAGAGGGCGCGUCGAGGCCAGACAAGAGAGUCAGCUGGUCACAGGCGAUAGGGAAGCAAAGGAGAAGGCAAAGGAGACUCUUGCGAUCAUUGAUAAGGCUAUUUUUUGGCACCGACUCGCACGCAUUAAGGUACAUCUCAUGCCGCUUGCGCUAGCUGCCAACAUUCUCCAGUCCACAUCGAGUCGACUCGAUCACGUCGCCCUGGUGUUCGGCACAUUGUUUCUUCGAUUUACUAAUCUUGCUGAAGACAAGGACGCUGAUGCCAAUGAAGAAGAGAUCUGCCAGGCUGUAUGCAACAGUCUCAAUAAGCGAUGGCUGGACAGUGAUCAAGGCGUCCUUGUAGCAGCGGUCAUUCUUAAUCCACAUACUCGAGCAGCGCCACUUAAGAGCUUCCGGCACGCAGACGUCAUAACGCUACUCGCCCGCAUUUGGAAGCGUCUGUUUUCAUCAGAUACUGUCCCGCCCGCGUUCUACAAUGAGGUGAAGGAGUACAUCUCAGACACCGGCACCUACGCAGACAUGCCAAACCUUGCUGCGUCACUCCGAAACCCUGAUGAUCCGGACCAUUCCGCUGCACCUCUUGAAGUCUGGAAGCUCUUCAUGACAGCCAGUGGCCCGGUCUCUCCUCUGCAGCGGCUUGCCGAACGCAUUUUCUCUGUUUGCCCUAACAUUGCCCCCGUCAAAUGCUUCUUCAGCCUGUUGAAGUGA